CUCUCAUAUAUGCCAAAACGAUCAGAGCAAAAUCAAUUUCCAAACAGAGAGAAUGGGGACGUCGCUUCCACUUCCGAUCAUCGACCUCUCUUCGCCGGAAAAAAUCUCCACCGCACAAUUGAUUCGUCAGGCAUGUCUUGAACAUGGAUUCUUUUAUGUCAAGAAUCAUGGCAUCGAGGAAGAAUUAAUAAAAGGGGUUUUUAAGGAGAGCAAAGGCUUCUUUGAUCUUCCACUAGUGGAGAAGAUGGCUUUACUCCGCCGUGAUUUGCUUGGUUAUACUCCUUUGUAUGCUGAGAAACUUGACCCGUCCGUGACCUCCAUAGGUGAUUCCAAGGAAAGCUUCUAUUUUGGCUCUUUCGAAGGCGUUCUCGCUCAACGUUACCCAAAUCAGUGGCCUUCUCAAGAUCUCUUGCCAUCAUGGAGACAAACCAUGGAAUGUUACUACAAGAAUGUCCUGUCCGUGGGUAGAAAUUUGCUUGGCUUGAUUGCCUUAGCCUUGGAUUUAGAUGAGGACUUCUUCGAAAAAGUUGGAGCCCUGAAUGAUCCUGCAGCAGUUGUUCGCCUCUUACGCUAUCCAGGUGAAGUGAUUUCGUCAGGUGUAGAAACAUAUGGUGCCUCAGCUCACUCAGAUUAUGGAAUGGUCACUCUUCUUUUGACUGAUGGAGUUCCGGGGCUUCAGGUUUGUAGAGACAAAUCGAAACAACCACACAUUUGGGAAGAUGUCCCUGGAAUUGAAGGGGCGUUUAUUGUCAACAUUGGUGAUUUGAUGGAGAGAUGGACCAAUGGAAUGUUCCGGUCUACCUUGCACCGAGUGAUGCCGGUUGGAAAAGAACGUUACUCGGUGGUGUUCUUCUUAGAUCCCAAUCCAGAUUGUAAUGUAAAAUGCUUGGAGAGUUGUUGCAGCGAAACUUGUCCCCCAAGAUUCCCGCCUAUUCUGGCCGGCGACUAUAUUAAGGAGCGUUUCAGGCUAACCUACGUCUAUGUUGUUUGGUUACGAAAUCGAAAUGUAAAAGAAAUGGUGUUCUAGCUUGUAGUAAUGUUUAAUUAGCGAAAUAUGAAGGAAGUAACAAGGAAUCCGGUGGGACUUGAAAAUGAUUUAGUCAAAGACGCACAAAAAAAAACUCGUGGAGCUUGAAUGGGCGGUUACGUAUAUGGACCAUACUUCUACACGUUGUGAAUUUGUAUGUGGUCUAUAGCGACAAUGUCUUUUAUUCAAAGCAUAAAUAUGUUUGUCGUUUACGAUUAUAAUAGAAAACGAUAUAAAUACUAGUUAACCUAA